GAUCUGACAGGCAAACCACAGAUUACAAAGUACCUCUGUGAUCUGUGAGUAUAACCUCUGUUCUGUGAGGCAAACUGACAUCCAGUUUUACAAUUUUGUGUAAUGAAACUGAGCUAGAAAAUAGGUUUAAAGUAAAGUGCCAGCAAAAUGCCGUUUAUGAAAGGACCAGCUCCGAUAAGGAGAACCAUCAAGUACUUGGAAGCAGGCCGGUUGUGCCUGAAAGAUCAACUGAAAAUCCUCACAGUGAAUUACAAUAUACAUGGGCAGAGCCACCAGGGCGCCAGGGAAUUUGUGUUCUGGCACCUGCCCCACAUUCAAUAUAAAAACCCCCAAGUGCAAAUAGCGACCUUUAAAAAUGUGACCCCCAGCCCCUUCAUCAGAGCCUUUUACGGUAUGUACCAGUUAAUUUGCGGUCAAAUUAUGCUCGAAUUGCUGAUCUUUUUAGAUACCGGAGAUCACAUGCUGAUUGAUAUUGAUGGCCGGUCUAAGGAUGAAAUCUAUGAGCACUUGAUCCGAGUAGUUGGAAAGGAUCGGGAAACUCUGAUGGCGGAAAAUAUUGCAAAGGAAAAGAAGGAUAAUCCGGCGAACUUCGGAGUAGGGUGCGACAGGCAUUGUAUUUGCGAAAUUCCCGGCCAAAUUCCCUGUCCGGGCACUUGCCCGCUUCCUAAUCAUAUGAGAGGGAAAUUCAGAAGGGCCAACAAAGAUUAGGUUGUUUGUGAGUAAGAUCAGUUUUCUGAAAAUUGCCACUUUACGCAACAAACGUAGCAGGUUAACGGGGAAAAUAAUGAACUCACGCUCAAAUUGAUAAUAUAACUUUAUAAUUAUCUGAAUAAUAAAAUGAUAUCCAUACAAUA